AUGGUGCACUAUACUCAUGAACCUCCAUCUAAUCACGAUAUUUCUAAUCAAGAUUUAAACCGUUAUGGAUAUUUUGUCGAUCAACUCCACACUCAAAUUAAUCAGCUUGAGAGCCAAGUAACAGAGGUUGAACAAUUUUACCAAUCAACUGAUGUUCAAAACAAUGAUUGCAAAACCAAAGGCCGGAAGAAGCCUCCUACUGGAUCUAAGAAGCCACUACAACAUGCUUCCGAAGAAAUCAUGCGUCAUGUUUCCAAAAUUAUAACUGAGAUAACUUGGCAUGAAUGGGCAUGGCCCUUUUUGGAACCUGUAGAUGUUAAAGGUCUUAAGCUCUAUGAUUAUUAUGAGAUCAUUGAACAGCCUAUGGAUUUUAGCACAAUAAAAAGAAAAAUGAAUGAUAAAGAUGGCUUUGGUUAUAAAAAUGUGAGGGAGAUAUAUGCCGAUGUAAGGUUGAUUUUUAAUAAUGCAAUGACGUACAAUGAUGAAACCCGUGAUGUCCAUCAGAUGGCCGAGAUUUUGCUGGAUGAAUUUGAGAAGAAAUGGUCGCAUCUUUUGCCUAAACUCUCUAAAUUGGAGGAUGAAUUAUCAAAGGAAGCAUAUGAGAAUUUGAACAAAAAGAUUGCUCAAGAAGCCACUUAUGCUAACAUGAAUAUGAAAUUAAGUGACGAGUUGUCUAAGGCUGAUAUGGCUUUGAAGAAUCUCAAAUCACUAAUGAUUGCAAAGUGCAGGAAACUGUCAUCUCUGGAGAAAUCGUUACUUGCUGCAGAUAUCACUGAAUUGUCUCCUGAUAACCUCUGCAUGGCAUUAGAGAUAGUUAAUGUGAAUAAUCCAAAUUUCCAAGUUAGUAGGGAAGACGUGACCCUUGAUCUCGACUCUCAGAGAAACUACACAUUGUGGAGAUUGUAUAUGUUUGUGAAAAACGCACUAGAACUUCAAGAUGCAUCAAGCGGGAUUACACACGUAGACAACAUUGAGGAAAAGGAAGUGAUUGACAACAUUGAGGAAGAGAAAAAACCCGAUGUCAAAAGGAGGAGAAUGACGUGA